CAUCUCCCUCACAAGCAUAAUUCUUGACCUGAUCUCGCAAUCAACACAACGCUGCUGAUUUUCAUUUAAGUUGACAUGGCUCCAGCAGCAGCAUCUUCGGAUUCGAUAAAACCUAGAGAUGUUUGUAUCGUUGGGGUUGCACGUACACCCAUGGGUGGAUUUCUUGGUUCCUUGUCAUCCUUGCCCGCUACCAAGCUUGGAUCUAUUGCUAUUGAAGCUGCCCUUAAUAGAGCAAAUGUUGAUCCGUGUCUUGUACAAGAAGUUUACUUUGGCAAUGUUCUCAGCGCAAAUCUAGGGCAGGCUCCUGCUAGACAGGCCGCAUUGGGUGCAGGAAUUCCUAGUUCAGUGGUCUGUACUACUGUUAACAAAGUUUGUGCAUCUGGAAUGAAAGCUACAAUGCUUGCUGCACAGAGUAUUCAGUUGGGCAUCAAUGAUGUUGUUGUGGCAGGUGGCAUGGAAAACAUGUCUAAUGCACCUAAAUACUUGGCAGAAGCAAGGAAAGGGUCUCGACUUGGACAUGAUUCUCUUGUUGAUGGAAUGCUAAAAGAUGGAUUAUGGGAUGUUUAUAAUGAUUGUGGCAUGGGAACUUGUGCUGAGAUAUGUGCUGAUCAACAUGCAAUAACAAGGGAGGAUCAGGAUAAUUUUGCUGUUCAGAGCUUUGAGCGUGGUAUUGCUGCCCAAGAUGCUGGCGCUUUUGCGUGGGAAAUCAUUCCGGUUGAAGUUUCUGGGGGAAGGGGAAAGCCAUCAACCAUUGUUGAUAAAGAUGAAGGUUUAGGGAAGUUUGACGCUGCAAAACUGAGGAAGCUCCGACCAAGUUUCAAGGAGAGUGGAGGCACAGUUACAGCUGGCAAUGCCUCUAGUAUAAGUGAUGGGGCUGCGGCAUUAGUUUUAGUGAGCGGAGAGAUGGCACUUAAACUUGGUCUCCAAGUGAUUGCAAAGAUCACAGGAUAUGCUGAUGCUGCUCAGGCACCAGAGAUCUUCACAACUGCUCCAGCCCUUGCAAUACCAAAAGCUAUUUCAAAUGCUAGCUUGGAUGCUUCUCAAGUUGAUUAUUAUGAAAUAAAUGAAGCCUUUGCUGUUGUGGCCCUUGCAAACCAGAAAUUGCUUGGACUUAAUCCAGAUAAGGUUAAUGUUCAUGGUGGAGCUGUAUCCUUGGGACAUCCUUUGGGAUGCAGUGGAGCUCGAAUCUUGGUCACACUUUUGGGGGUAUUGAGGCAGAAAAAUGGGAAAUAUGGUGUUGGUGGUGUUUGCAAUGGAGGAGGUGGUGCAUCAGCACUUGUUUUAGAGCUUGUGUGAGCGCUUUAUGUUAGGAUAGAAAUGAGCAUGGGUCUUCUUCUGUGGGAUGAAUCUGCGGUCAUCACAGUUAGAUUGUUGUGCAAUUUUAUCUCCGCUUCUUUUUCAUUUUUGCUUCCUUCUCCAAUAAAACUGAAUUUGUAUUAAGCUGUAGGGAGAUAAUAAUUUUCCAUUGCUGCUUUCUCUCUCUCUUCUCUUUCUUCCCUACUCGUGUAUACAAGUUCCGUAGAUGGUAUGAGAUUUGAUUAUCACCAUAGAGCCAAGAAUUUGUUUGCGGAAACAAUUGAGAGGAAUUAUAUAAGAUUGAUCAGUUCUGCUGCAAAUUGACCAGCA